UCGAGGCGCGGGGCUGCGUGCGCGCACACGCGCCGUCUGCAGGGCCGUCACGUGACGCCGCGCUUUGGAGUCGCCACGCCCCGCUGCGCGUACGUGCGCGCUCACGUUCAACGCGUGGUUCUUUCACGUUGCCACUGAAGCCGGCUGGUCUAGGGGUGGAGUGGCGCGCGUCGAGCGGCGAUCUUUUGGCAGCACGUUGCGGAGGAUUUGAGGCGUUUGUUAGCGGAGCAAUGGCCACUGAGGUGGAGGCUCUCCUCCCGAGAAACCCGCUGCUCCAGCAGGAGGAGCAGGAGCGAUGCCAGGCCGAGAAAGACGAGGGCUUCUCGGUGAAGGAGCAGAGCCUCAAACACGAGAAAGACGAGAGCGACGACCAGGAGAAGGAGAGCCCCGCUCCGGCGGAAGAAGACGCCUCAAAGAAGGAGUUUACCGAGGCUCCGCCGCCCAAGGUGAACCCCUGGACGAAGAAGAUGAGCGGAGUCAACGGACAGACAGCGCACGCUCAAGAGCAUUCUGGGCCCACGAAGGUGGUGAAGGCGGGAAACACGAGAAUGAGGCGCGGCGGGAAGGUGGGGGAUUUCGGAGAUACGAACAACUGGCCGACCCCCGGAGAGAUCGCCACCAAAGAGGUCCAGGUGGUGAAGAAGUCGGUGGUCAAACGAGAGUCCAAGGGAAAGAGGGAAAACGAAGAGAGCAAAGAGAACCUAAAAGCCAAGUCAGACGACUCUGGAGAAGAGAAAAACACCGACGAGGAGUCGCAGAAGAACGGACAAAAGAAGCGAGGAAAUAAGCACAAGUGGGUUCCUCUGAUGAUCGAGGUGAAGUCCGAGGGUCCCCGCGAGCGCUCGGCCUCCAGGAACAACACUCGUCAGUUCGAUGCCCAUCGAGUUCCUCCUAACGGCAGAAACGACCUGAGAGACUGGCACAGCGGGAAGUACGAUCACGAGUUCAAGGACGACCACGACGAGGUGUCGAGCGUGAAGAGCGAGGGGGCUCCGUACAGAAACAGCGUCAGGGGCCGGGGCCGGGGCCGGGGACGAGGUCGAGGACGAGGACGAGGAGCCGGCAGAGGUCAUUAUGAUUAUUACGGCUAUAAAGGCUAUGACGGGAAGGACGGUGCUUGCGGUCAGAAGUUCAACAGCACGGUCACCUACUAUUACGACAACAUGAGCAGCGCCGAGCUGUACGCCGUGGACCAGGACCUUCUGAAGGACUACAUCAAGAGGCAGAUUGAAUACUACUUCAGCGUGGACAACCUGGAGAGGGAUUUCUUCCUGCGCAGGAAGAUGGAUCAGGAGGGCUUCCUGCCGGUGGCUCUGAUCGCCAGCUUCCACCGAGUCCAGGCUCUGACCACAGACGUCCGCCUCAUCAUAGAGGCCCUGAAGGACAGUAAGGUGGUGGACAUCAUCGACAUGAAGAUUCGCUGCAAGGAGGAGCCUGAUAAAUGGCCGCUGCCCGGCCUGGCUUUACCGGACCCUUCACACACCGACUUCUCGCAGCUCAUCAACUGCCCCGAGUUUGUUCCCAGGAACGUUGUGGAGAAGCAGACAGGUUCUCCGAGGGCCUCCACGCCGGUGCAGCAGAAGGCUGGGGAUGUGAGUAACCUGAAGCUGAUGCCGAAGGGUCUGUCCGCCAGUCUGCCCGACCUGGACUCGGAGUCGUGGAUCGAAGUCAAGAAGAGGCCUCGGCCGUCACCGGCGCGCCCCAAGGCACGCGUUUGUGAUUACGGCCGCCUCAGAUCUGGUGUGUGUGAAACUGAUGUGUCGUUGACGGACGGUUUGUUGCAGAAAGCGGAAGAGGCCCGGACGCCGGUUCUGACCGGUCCGUCUGCAGGAGAGGAGCAGGACGAGCCGGAGGAGCUGGACUUCAUGUUCGACGAGGAGAUGGAGCAGAUGGACGGCCGACGCAACACUUUCACCGACUGGUCGGACGAGGAUUCGGACUGUGAGAUCGACGACCGGGACGUCAACAAGAUCCUGAUCGUCACUCAGACGCCGCCGUACCUGCGCAAGCACCCCGGCGGAGACCGCACCGGGAACCACACCUCGCGCUCCAAACUGACCAGCGAACUGGUCAAGAUCAUUAACGAUGGACUUUAUUACUACGAACAAGACCUCUGGGACGACACGUACGAGCCCGAGUAUGCCAUGAUCAAGCAAGAAGUGGAGAACUUCAAGAAGGUGCACCUGAUCAGCCGAGAGCAGUUCGACUGUCUGACCCCUGAACCCCCCGUUGACCCCAACCAGGAGGUUCCUCCAGGACCCCCGCGACCCCAGCAGAUCCCUACAGAAGCCCUGGCCAACAAGCUGUUCGGUGCGCCGGAGCCGUCGGCCAUGGCCCGCUCUCUUCCCACGGCCGUGCCCGACUCGCCCAGCUACCGCAGCGCCAGAACGCCCCGCACGCCCCGCACCCCGCGCCUCAAAGACCCCACGCAGACGCCCCGCUUCUACCCCGUGGUGAAGGAAGGACGGCCGCUGGACGCCAAGACGCCUCGUAAGAGGAAGACGCGGCACAGCUCCAAUCCGCCCAUGGAGUGUCACGUGGGCUGGGUGAUGGACUCCAGAGAGCACCGCUCCCGCACCGCCUCCGUCAGCUCGAACGCCAGCCCGUCUGAAGGCACCACGGCGAUGGGGAACUUCGGCUGCACGCCUCAGUCUCUUCCUAAGUUCCAGCACCCGUCUCACGAGUUACUGAAGGAGAACGGCUUCACGCAGCACGUCUAUCACAAGUACCGCCGGCGCUGCCUGAACGAGCGCAAGCGGCUCGGCAUCGGACAGUCCCAGGAGAUGAACACGCUCUUCCGCUUCUGGUCCUUCUUCCUCCGAGAUCACUUCAACAGGAAGAUGUACGAGGAGUUCAGGCAGCUGGUGGUGGAGGACGGGAAGGAGGGCUACAGGUACGGUCUGGAGUGUCUCUUCAGGUUUUACAGCUACGGACUUGAGAGGAAGUUCAGGCCGGACAUAUUCAAAGAUUUUCAAGAGGAGACCAUGAAAGACUACGAAGCAGGUCAGCUCUACGGACUCGAGAAGUUCUGGGCCUUUCUCAAAUACUCUAAAACAAAGAACAUGGAGAUUGACCCCAAGCUGCAGGAGUAUUUAAGAAAGUUCAAGCGUCUGGAGGACUUCAGGGUGGAUCCGCCGAUGGAGGACGGCGGCCGUAAGAGACACCCGUCCAGCGGAGAUGGCCGCCGCCGCCAGCCCUCGAGCCGGACGCAGGCCAGAGAUGACGCCAAACCCUCGGGUCAGCGAGCAGCGGCGCCCAAAUGAGCGUCUGACCCGUCCGCACACGCAUGACCCGACGGCUCGCCACCCUCCAAUCAAGGCUCUUCCUCUUCCUCCUCCUCCUCCUCCUCGCUCACAGCAUCAGAGACGGACAGCCAAGGGCACGGGGAAUUCUUCCAUUCUUUCUUUUAUUAAAGACUUUGAAGUUUUAUUCCUCUUGUAUCGUUGAGGUACAGAACGGCUUUUGUUUCUGCUUUAUAUCCUCAGUAGAGUCGCUCUUUUAUUUGGCCGGCGUGAGAUACGGCGCGUGAUUCCACCCCGAUUUAUUCGCUUUAGUUUGUUUUUUUUAAGGAUUGCGUUGAAGGGUAAGAUUGCUGGUGACUAUAGAGUAGGUCCCGGAUGAGACAGAAGUCAUGUGAUCUGCAGUUGUUUGAGCCGGAUGACGUCGGUAGGUUUUCUAGGGCUUGGGCAUCACUGUGACACUAACGCCCCGCUUGCCAAAUCCUCUGUUUUCCUCCAUGUGUCUGUUACAGCGGAUCCCUCCUCAGCUCGCGGCCUGCGAGGAAACAGAUCUGGUGCCAGUUUGUCCCCGGCCCAUCGAGUGUUAAUCCUAGUGUACAUAUGAAUUCAAGAAAUUAUGAGACAUUGCACCGCCUGGCUGUACGUGUCAUUUAUUGUUUAUAGAGAUAUAUUUGCCUUACGUGUGCAUCUUUUUUUUUUAUUCUUUUUUUUUUAUGCUGGCCUGGAUGCGUCUGAGCUCGAGCUCGGGGUCGUCACGGCCUGGUUUUAGUAUCACUUCUUGAUUUUUCUUCAUGCAAGCAGCAGGACGGUCUGACCAAAGGGAAACUGACCUCAGGGUAUCAACUGGAAUCGUGAAGAAAGACACUGAUGAUGAUGAUGAUGAUGAUGAUGAUGAUGAUGAUGACGAGUGAGGCAUUUGAGAACUUCACCGACUGCUUUCGGAUCAUAAGCAAUAUUCCAGUCUCUGAUAUAAUUUAUGGACUUUCACAUGAAUUCGGCUGCCAUACCAACACCUACCUGUUUGUUUCCAUUCAUCUCUCGCUCUCUGGUAAUGUUUGGAUUUGAGUUUUAUUUGGUAUUAACACGUUUAGCAGUUCCUGCUUUCCCUCGAUAGGCUUCUUCAUUCCGAGUAGCUGUGGUCAGACCUCGACCAGGAAAAUCUUGUGAUCGCUCAUGUAAUUAAAAGCCUUUUAUUCAACUAAAGCCUCUCGUCCGUUAACACCGCUGCGUCUUCAGAGGUCAUUCAUAGAGCCAUAAACACACACACACACACACACACACACACACACGGCUUACUGAGAGAAGAACAAUGGGAACUGUAAAAUACUUGAAAUCUUGUAUCAUAACACUUCAUCUGAAUUAUAGGCAGAUGUGAUUGCUAUUAGUGUGAUUUGUAAUUUGUAGAAUUUUUUUCUUUAAUAAUGGAAAAAACGAACAAAAAAAACAAUUAAAAAGGUCAAAACCCUUAAA